GAAGCUGUAGAGCAGUUGCCUAUGAGCCGUCUGAAACCGGUAAUCUCGUGAAGUGUCGGGCAAAAUGUUAAAAUUAUCGAGUAAGACAUUCAAUCAUUUACUAUUAAGUACAGUGAUUUCCAGGCGCAAUGAAAAUUCUUGAUAGUAUAAUAAGGUUUUUCUAUUAGAUAUAGAUCAAGUGAUUUUCAUUUAGAUUAUUACAAAUAAGAAUAGCUGAGCAAGUUUUUAUCAGAAUUUCUUUUUUAAAUUAAAUUCCUUCGUAAAGAAAAAAUAAAAUAAAAAAGUCAACACAACUUGAAUGAAAUAGUGUCUUAAAGCAAGUGUAUCUCAAUUGAACAUUAUUCUCUUAGAUUUUAAGAAAACUCAAUGUUCCAAUCAAUUGUGUUUAGGCAGUGUUAUGUCAACACCACCCCAUGGAACUGAAGUUAGAAAGUCAAAUGAGAUUUUGGAACAUGCGAAAGAUUUUUUAAAUCAAUAUUUUACGUCUAUUAAAAGAGUCAAUAGUGAAUCCCAUAAAAGUAGAUGGAAAAAUAUUGAAAAAGAAGUAUUGUCUACUGGAUCAUAUCAAUUGACUGAAACUGAACUAAUAUUUGGAGCAAAGCUGGCUUGGCGAAAUGCUUCUAGAUGCAUUGGUCGAAUACAAUGGUCUAAAUUACAGGUGUUUGACUGUCGUUAUGUUACAACCACAAGUGGAAUGUUUGAAGCGUUGUGUAAUCACAUUAAAUAUAGCACCAAUAAAGGAAAUAUAAGAUCCGCAAUUACAGUAUUUCCUCAAAGAACUGAUGGAAAGCACGAUUUUCGAGUUUGGAAUCCCCAGUUGAUAAGUUAUGCAGGUUAUAAAAAUGACGAUGGAUCUUUCAUUGGCGAUGCGGGAAAUGUUGAAUUCACUGAAGUUUGUGUGAAGUUAGGAUGGAAAAGUGCUCGGACACAGUUUGAUGUAUUACCUUUAGUAUUAUCAGCUAAUGGUCAUGACCCCGAUUAUUUUGAUAUCCCAGAAGAACUAAUUUUGGAAAUCCCAUUAGUUCACCCAUCGUUUGAGUGGUUUGGCUCUUUAGGCUUAAAAUGGUACGCAGUUCCAGCUGUUUCGAAUAUGGUAUUUGACUGUGGAGGAUUAGAAUUUACAGCUGCACCUUUCAAUGGUUGGUACAUGAGUACAGAAAUAGGAUCAAGAGAUUUAUGCGAUGUAAACCGAUACAACUUAUUAGAAGUAGUAGCACAAAAAAUGGAUCUUGACACUAAAGUAACAUCAUCUUUAUGGAAAGAUAAAGCGAUGAUUGAAGUAAAUUUAGCUGUCUUGUAUAGCUUUCAAAUUAAAAAUGUAACAAUAGUAGACCAUCAUACAGCAUCAGAUUCAUUUAUGAAGCAUUACGAAAAUGAAAUUCGUUUGAGACAUGGAUGUCCAGCAGAUUGGGUUUGGAUUAUUCCACCAUUGUCUGGAUCAGCCACAGCAGUAUUUCAUCAAGAAAUGGCCCUCUAUCAUUUAAAACCAUCUUAUAAUACUCAAGAACCAGCUUGGAAAACUCAUAUUUGGAGAAAGGAGCGUAACAAAUAUUCUACAACAAAACAAUUAAGAAGAAAAUUUCAUUUCAAACAAAUUGCAAGGGCCGUUAAAUUUACUUCAAAAUUAUUUGGACGAGCAUUGUCUAGAAGAAUUAAAGCUACCGUACUGUAUGCGACCGAGACUGGUAAAUCUCAAGCUUAUGCCGAUAAGUUAGGAGAACUUUUUGGACAUGCUUUUCAUUCGCAGGUUCUUUGCAUGGCAGAUUAUGAUAUAACAAAAAUCGAACAUGAAGCAUUACUAUUAGUGAUAACAUCAACUUUUGGAAAUGGCGAUCCUCCAGAAAACGGAGAGGUUUUUGCUCAAAAUUUAUAUGAAAUGAAAAUUGACGAUCCAUUCAUUACAUCCGACACUCAAUUUGACAUAAGAACUUCAAAAUCAUUCAUCAAAGUAAAUAGUCAAAGUGGAAUAACUAAAUCUAAGAAAAUUAAUAAACUGACUUCAUUGAAAGAAUUGGAUUAUAAAGCUGAUGAAAAUUUUGGUCCACUUAGUAACGUCAGGUAA